UACACUAGUACUCUAGCUAAAGUCGUGAAAGGAACAGAGCCUGUAGUACAUAUAAAGACCACGACUUUUUUCCAGUAGGUGGUGAUAUACAUGUUUCUUAUCAAACUGAACAGAAGCAGAGAAAGAAACCUCCCAUUGCUGCCUGUAGCAAACAAAGCUAACCAGCAUCUGACUUGUUUACAAAGCCAUUUGGCUUCAGUGGAAACCUUUUUUUUUUUCAACCUGACUGACUUCUGAACAAAAGCAAGGGAGCCGAGAAGACACGGGUGUUCUAUACAAUGGAAAUCACCAUGGGAUGCAUUAGGAUGAAAAGAGUUUGUUUGGCAGUUUUUAUCGAUCCACAUCUAACCACAAAUGUAAUGAAAAUCUGAGUGAGAUGAGGGCAUUGGGAGGCCGGGGACUGAGGAGCUGAAGAUUUUAAUUGAACUAAACAGUCUUAUAGUGACCUCACCGCAUGUCGCGAAUCAGGAGUACACUGAACACUGUCACUAAAGCUGUGAGCGGGACAGUGAACACAGAACUGUUCUCCAAGAUAACACGCCUCCGGCCCAAUGCUGCCCCUGUGGACAAAGCUGUAGAGGUCAAAAUGGAGUGCCCUGAGUCAGAACCUGCUGCAGUUAUGACCGUGGCAGCACCUCAACAACUGAGGCCCAACGAAGAGGAGGUGAAAAGCAGUGAAGUCAGGGAACAACCCCCCAAACCUCAAUUAAGCCUGGAUAUGCCCCUGAGAGCUACAUCCACAGCAGUAGCCAAACAGACACUGCAGCGGUUCCAGCCCUCUGCUUUUUCCACAAACAUGGAUGAAACCUACAACCACUUGGCAGAACAUGUCAACACAUACUUUGGAAGUGAUGCCCAGGAAGAGAAGAGGUCUCACCAGACAAAUGGAGAUCCAAGCAUCCAUGCACCAUCAAGCACUGCUCACUUCAGCGGGACCAAAGAGCAUAUUCCUGUGAUCGCGCCUGUGGGUCACAGAGUCGACUUGGAGCCGCCCACAUCUCCACCUGCCCCUGUACCAAGUACUAAAUCUCCAGAGCACCCUGCCCUUCCAGAAGAGGAGAGUGUAAAAUCACCUUCUCCUUCUCCACAGAAGAAAGGGAUCAGCCAGUACCUCUCUUACAAAAGUCCCAGCAUGCAGGCCUUUGUGGGGAAUUACAUCGCUCCUCUGGUUCCCAAAUUCAGGGCUGAUUCAAAAAGCUCGGGUGCAGAAAAAGAGAAAGCUCCCGAGGCGUCUCAAGUGGUUUCUCAGGACACGGAGGAUGCAGAAAGCAAAGAGCGGAAACAGGCAGAGGAAAAGGCCCAACGGCUGUUGUCCCAGAGAGAGAAGAUCAUAGCACGUGUGAGUGUGGAUAACAGGACCAGAGCACUGGUGCAGGCUAUAAAGAGGGUGACUGACGUGAAGAUCACCAUUAGCAGAGUGGAAGAGCUCAGCUUCCAUCUACUGGAGUUCCCUGAGACCAGAGGGGUGGCAGUCACUGAGAAAGUUAUUCCGUGUUUGCUUCGGUUGCGUCAAGCCCGGGAUGUCAGACUACAGGCAGCAGUGAGGCAGGCCCUUGCCCUGGUGGGCUAUACCGACCCAGUCAAAGGCAGAGGCAUUCGUGUCCUCUCCAUUGAUGGAGGAGGGACUAGGGGCCUGGUUGCGCUGCAGACUUUGCAUAGGCUGGAGAAACUCACUGGAAAGCCCAUCUACCAGCUGUUUGAUUACAUCUGUGGAGUCAGUACAGGUGCUAUACUGGCCUUCAUGUUAGGAGUGUUCCAGAUCCCUCUGACGGAGUGUGAGGUACUUUAUAGGAAGCUUGGCUCUGAUGUCUUCAAACAGAAUGUGAUUGUUGGCACAGUGAAGAUGGGCUGGAGUCAUGCUUUUUACGACAGCCAAACCUGGGAGGAGAUCCUUAAACAGAGAAUGGGACCGAGUCUACUGAUUGACACUGCCAAAGAUCCAAACUGCCCAAAGGUGGCAGCAGUGAGCACUGUAGUGAAUAGAGGGCUGCCACUGAAGGCUUAUGUGUUCAGGAACUACAACUUCCUUCCAGGGGUGCGCUCCCACUACCUGGGCAGCUGCCAGCACAAGAUGUGGCAGGCUCUCCGAGCAUCGUCUGCAGCUCCAGGAUACUUUCAGGAGUAUGUGCUUGGGAGUGACUUGCAUCAGGAUGGCGGUCUCCUCAUCAACAACCCCACAGCACUGGCAAUCCACGAGUGCAAGUGCUUGUGGCCCAACACUCCUGUGCAGUGUGUGGUGUCUCUGGGUACCGGCCGCUAUGAAACAGCUGGGAAAAGCAGCUCCGGUACUUACACCAGCCUGAAGACCAAGCUCACCCAUGUCAUCAGCAGCGCCACAGACACUGAGGAGGUCCAUACGAUGUUGGACGCCCUCCUUCCUCCUGACACCUACUUUCGCUUUAACCCCUAUAUGAGUGAAGAUAUCCCACUGGACGAAAGCCGGGCUGAGCGACUGAACUUCCUGCAGACUGAGGGCCAGCGCUACCUGGAGCGCAAUGAGCCCAAGCUGAAAAAAGCUGCCAGUGUUCUUUCUCAAGAGAAGAGCACCAUCCAGAAGCUGGCUGAGUGGGCUCAGCUGAAAGCAGACAUGUACGAUGGCCUUCCCUUCCGCUCGAAACUUUAACGCUUCAGUCGAGACAAUGUCUUGCAUCUCUUGAAAUAAAAGUGUGUAGAAGCACCAUGUACCAAGAAACAUGGUACAGUAGAAAUGGUCAUAAGGUCAUUUAAACAUUAAUUGAUCUGACUGGUACACUGCGGGAAUUUUAUUUUUGACCUUAGAAAGAUUGAUGUACAUGGAAACUCGCCUCGUCAUGAGUGUUGACUAGUUAUGUUUUUAUUGAUAGGGUGCAUCGUUCUCUGACCCGUCUCUGAUUUGAGUUUAUGACUGCUGAAAGCACUUUUAUGGAGUUAAAAACUUUAAACAAGAGCUUGAUGUUGCAAGUUUUAAUGUUCCUGCACUUUUAACGAAUACCUACCUGAUACGAUCUGCCUGUUUGUGAUCAUGUUGUAUCGUGUGUAGAAGUGUCUAGUUUUAGAAACAAGCCAUAGUCUUGUUUGCGUCUCAUCAGAUUUGUCGUCAUCAAUGUUCUGCACACGUACUUUUGUUGAUUCCUGCCACUUCAAAAGCAAGUUGCAUUCACCUGAACUUGAAUCUCUUAGCAUGCACUGUAAUUUAAAAUGCACUAAGGUAUGAUUUAUGUAUAAAUCGCUGGCUGAAAGAUUUCAUAUGAAGCUCAAAUUAGUAGUAAGUUGACUAUCAUCAGUUGUUUUUAAUGAUUUUUAUUGAAAUAAAAAGGAAAUAGAGGGAAUAUGUUGGCUGAUAAUACUGAUAAUAGAAAGUAUUUAGACUUUUCACUAACAACAUUAUGAGCAGCUUGAAUGCAGUUGAAUUAAUGCCAAAUUUCUUUACACUAAAGCUAACCUUAUUGUAUUAUAAGGUGUUGUGUAAGACGUCCAGUUCUGUGGUGUCAGGAAUUCACACUGAAUUAUGUUUUGAAGCCUUGAUGGUUAUGUCAUUAUACCCUUAAUUUUAUUUGUCUUUAGUUGCUUGAACCUGGAAAAUAUGAUCCUGUUGUUUUGAUUAGUAUGUAUAUACUGUACAUGGUGUGUCCUUAAAAAUCCAUAUUCCAGAUGGAGUUUACACUAAUAAUUAACAGUAGAACGCUUGGAAGAUGCUGAGUUUUCGGAGAGAAUUAAAAGUUUUAGUUAUAUUCUAGAAUAUCUGUGUGCAUCCUGUAAGUUUCCAGUAACUGGGAGGAUAAGGAGGAGUAAAAACAGAUUUGUUUACAAAGCUAAAUAAAUAAAGAAAUAAAUAAAUAAGCACAGUAACACAUGA